UGGGGCUAGCCUUAGGGUGACCGGAGCCGGCGCGGCGGGGCGCGGAGACCCGGCCCGCGGGAGCUAAACGAAGGCAGAGCCGAGGCCGCAGUGCCCCUCUGAACCUUCCCAGCCGCCGCCAUGGGCAUCAAGUUUUUAGAAGUUAUCAAACCUUUCUGUGCAGUUCUACCAGAAAUUCAGAAGCCUGAAAGGAAAAUUCAGUUUAGAGAGAAGGUAUUAUGGACUGCUAUAACUCUCUUCAUUUUCUUAGUAUGUUGUCAGAUACCACUGUUUGGAAUUAUGUCAUCAGAUUCUGCAGAUCCUUUCUACUGGAUGAGAGUUAUUCUUGCAUCCAACAGAGGAACUUUAAUGGAACUGGGCAUCUCCCCAAUUGUAACAUCUGGUUUGAUUAUGCAGCUGUUGGCUGGAGCCAAAAUCAUUGAAGUUGGAGAUACACCCAAAGAUAGAGCUCUCUUCAAUGGAGCCCAGAAAUUAUUUGGUAUGAUCAUUACCAUUGGGCAAGCCAUUGUGUAUGUCAUGACGGGGAUGUAUGGGGACCCUGCUGAAAUGGGUGCUGGGAUCUGUCUCCUUAUCAUUUUUCAGUUGUUUGUUGCUGGUUUGAUUGUGCUGCUGUUAGAUGAGCUGCUACAGAAGGGUUACGGCUUGGGGUCUGGUAUUUCCCUCUUUAUUGCCACCAACAUCUGUGAAACCAUUGUCUGGAAGGCCUUUAGUCCCACUACCAUUAACACUGGCAGAGGUACUGAGUUUGAAGGUGCUGUCAUAGCUCUGUUUCAUCUGUUGGCCACCAGGACAGACAAAGUCCGAGCCUUAAGGGAGGCUUUUUAUCGCCAGAAUUUACCCAAUCUGAUGAACCUCAUUGCUACUGUUUUUGUGUUUGCAGUUGUUAUAUAUUUUCAGGGAUUUCGUGUUGACUUGCCUAUUAAGUCAGCCCGGUAUCGAGGACAAUACAGUAGCUAUCCCAUCAAGCUCUUCUACACCUCGAAUAUUCCCAUUAUUCUUCAGUCUGCUCUAGUUUCCAACCUGUAUGUUAUUUCCCAGAUGCUGUCUGUUCGUUUUAGUGGCAACUUUUUAGUAAAUUUGCUAGGACAAUGGGCCGAUGUCAGCGGUGGAGGACCUGCUCGUUCCUACCCUGUUGGAGGCCUGUGUUACUACCUUUCUCCUCCUGAGUCCAUGGGUGCCAUAUUUGAGGAUCCUGUCCAUGUAGUUGUUUAUAUCAUCUUCAUGUUGGGGUCUUGUGCAUUUUUUUCUAAGACAUGGAUAGAGGUGUCUGGUUCCUCAGCCAAAGAUGUAGCCAAACAGCUUAAAGAACAGCAAAUGGUUAUGAGGGGUCACAGAGAUACCUCGAUGGUUCAUGAGCUUAAUAGAUACAUCCCCACUGCAGCUGCCUUCGGUGGUCUGUGCAUCGGUGCCCUGUCCGUGUUGGCUGACUUCUUAGGAGCCAUUGGAUCUGGCACUGGAAUUCUGCUUGCAGUUACUAUCAUUUAUCAGUAUUUUGAAAUAUUUGUUAAGGAACAAGCUGAAGUUGGAGGGAUGGGUGCUUUGUUUUUCUAAAUGUUCAAAUACUUUGUGUGUGAAAGGGAAAAUAUUUUGACACUUUGUUUUUUGUCAAAUAAUGCGGGUUCCCCUUUUGUUCUAUCACAGCUUGUUUUCAAGUGCUAAUUGUCCCAUUUGUGAAAAAUGGGCACCGAGCUAAGCCUGUGUGCAGCAUUAGUACCAGCUGCCUUAAAACUACAGUUUACAUUAUUCGUCUAAAAAUGUACAUCUAGUAUUGCCUGUAAUGCUGGAAACCAAUGUCUCUCUGCCUUGCUGUAUUAAAUCAUGACAGUCGGACGGGGACAUGGGUUAGUUUUGCACACAAUAUUCAGAACAUUUACUCUCUUCCCCUUGUUUAAAAAUAAAUGUAGUUCAAAUUGCCACUUUCCAGUAUUUUUGAGCUUAUGUAAUGAGUUCUGGAACAUUUAUAUCUAAUCUAUAUUUUAGAUAAUUACUUUUUAUACUUUUUUUAACUCAUAGUAUCCAUGUUCCCUUCCCUCCCUCUCCAUCCCCACCCACUAUAUUUCUUUUUUCCCAAAGCAGCCAGCCUCUUGGCCCAAAUGGACAAAAUCAAGCAUUGAAGUUCAUUCUGUUGCUAGAAACAAUUGCUUCUAACUACUUUUCCUGUUUCUCACUCCUCUCUUCCCAGGGACAGCAUAACCUGUGCUGUUGGAUUGUAUUGGCUAUGCCUUUUAAUUCCAACCAGUCACUUGAUAAUAUUCUUUCAAGAUACUAGGCCCUCAUUUUUUCUUUUAAUUCCCUAAGACAAAGAUUGAAUUCUCAAGCAAUGUAGUUCAGUGGGGGUGAACAAUGAGUAAUUCAUGCUAGGAAUGUGUGUUCUUUGUUUUACUCACAAGAGCAACAAGUGUAAACAGUAGACAAUAAACUUUUAUUUAAUAAAACUGUUGCAGUUGUGUUGGAAAAAUAAAGGAAUCUGAUAUUAAAUGUUCCCUAACCUUAUUUGCAUAAGGUUUGUGUACUUGUAGAGCACAUCCUGGGAUGCCUAAAAGUCAAAUGUAAUUACUCUUCAGUGUUUUUUCUUUCUCUUCAGUAUUAUAAAUUAUUAAGAAACACUGGCUAAUUUAAGAGUACUCAUUUGUUGCUGAUAUUUGGAAAGGAAUGUGAGGGCAGUGGUCUCAAAACAAUAUCCUGGUCUCCACUUGAAACUGCAUAGUUCUCAGUAAAUAAUUCACUUUAGAAUAUGGCCUGUAUUUCCCUCAAAGAAAACAAAAAACAAAAUUUUAACAUACCAUUUUAAGGGUUUUUUUUUUGUUGUUGUUGUUGUUGUUGUUGUUGAUACUGCUUACUUUCUUAGUUAAGGGCAGGAAAUAUGUCUUACUUAGGAUCAUAAAGCCAAAAGGAUACAACAGAUAAAAGCAGAAAGGAUAGUAGCAAAAUCUGAGGUCUCAUUGCCUAAAGCAGUCAAGCUACUUCAGUCUAGAGAAAAA